AAUUAAUUGAAUUUAUUAUUGACUUGGAAAAGUACUGCAAAACGAACAAAGCAAUUUACCGUGCAUCACUUACAACAACCAUAAACUAGUUGCAUUGGCUUGACUUCAACUGUCAAACAACCUGACUAAGCAAAAAUUAGCAUUCUUACAUCAUUAGAGCGCUAACCAGAUAACAACAAGUGCUAAAAUCAACACAAGUUCUAYCUAAUAUCACAACAGAAGCGCGGAACAAUAACGGUACUCUAAAUAAAAGGCAAAAUACCAAAAACUGCUAACAAUAAAACAAAGCAAMAAUUUCCAUAAAUUCAUUUGCUAAACGAAUUACUCAAAUAUAGAUAAUGCUAAUCAUGAAACAAUAAAAGCAACAAACCAAUAUCAUCACUAAUGCGUAUCGACAGUAAAAUUCUUAUUGAAUGAUAACUGCAGCUGCCAGAUACAUAUAGUAUAUACUAUUGGAGCGGAGAGCACAUAAUAACUAGUUUACACUGCGCAACAAUUGCUUGUAAUUACGGCACUCAACGCAACUGUAAAUUACAAAUACAAACAUAUUAUAGCUAAAUACAUCCAAAAGYAUUUCCUCAUCGUUCAAACCAUGGGCUCCGGUCAUUACAUUUGGGCGAUAUUCUUUUUUGCCAGUUUAUGUAGUGCAUCGCUAGCUAAUAAUGCCAAAAUAAAUUUCCGAGAAAAGGAGAAAAAAGUCUUAGACCAAAUUUUAGGUGCAGGAAAAUAUGAUGCCAGAAUACGUCCAUCCGGAAUUAACGGCACGGAAAAUGCGCCUACUCUUGUCUAUGUCAACAUGUUCCUACGGUCAAUCUCAAAAAUCGACGAUUACAAAAUGGAAUACAGCGUGCAACUGACCUUCCGCGAGCAAUGGACCGAUGAGCGGCUGAAAUUCGAUGACAUACAAGGUCGCCUCAAGUAUCUAACAUUGACCGAAGCGAAUCGUGUAUGGAUGCCCGAUUUGUUCUUCUCAAACGAAAAAGAGGGUCAUUUCCACAACAUAAUCAUGCCGAAUGUUUAUAUACGCAUCUUUCCCAAUGGUUCCGUAUUGUACAGUAUUCGUAUCUCGCUGACGCUGGCUUGUCCAAUGAAUCUCAAAUUAUAUCCUUUGGAUCGACAAAUAUGUUCACUACGCAUGGCUAGUUAUGGUUGGACAACAAACGAUCUGGUAUUCCUGUGGAAGGAGGGCGAUCCCGUGCAAGUGGUUAAGAACUUACACCUACCUCGCUUCACACUUGAAAAAUUCUUGACUGAUUAUUGCAACAGUAAAACGAAUACGG